AAUUACUGGCAAGAAUUUGCAUAAAGAAAAAAAGGGCAAAUAUAUUUUCAUUUCACUUGCCCAAAAGUGAAAUCAGAUGAAUUCCAAAAUUCAAAUCCUGCCCAAUUUCUCAAAUUGAUUGCUAGGCUUAUCAAUAGUACUAAAUUACAAACCAUAAAAGCUAUGUCCAACAUUUAUUAUCAGAUAUUGAAAAUCUCUAAAAAGCAUCCAGAAAAUGCUUUAUAAAAAUGAAAAAAAAAUAAAAAUAAAAAUAACAAACAAAAAAAUGGCCUUUAAAUUGAGCAUAUUCCUCGUAGCCGUUGAGUUCUUGUUGGUGGCGUACAUUCUAUUGGACAUCUACGCUGCAGUGUUUAUUGGUCCGUACGACAUCGUAUCAGAACCAGAAGACAGCGUUAUCGGACUUAACGCAACAAACGAGGAUCCUAAGGUUGUUGGAUUAGGAAUGUUUGCCGUUGAUGAAUACAACAAGUUGACGAAUAGCAAUCUGAAAUUCCAGAGUGUGGUCAAGGCUUUAUAUGUGCAAUCGAACUACAUGCUCUUGAUCCAGGUCAUGGAUGACACUUUCUCCGCAUCCAAACAGUACGGCGCCGUUGUGAACCGGCGAGGGGAUCGGAUGAGCCUCCUCGCCUUCGACGAAUAUAACAUGUAAUCUGCUAUUUGAUUAUUGGAAUUUAAUUUAGCCAAUCCUCCU